CAGACAGAUAGUCAUUGUAACGACGACGAAGACCGGUGAACAUCGAGGAGAGGUCGUGGAGGAAUUUACCAUCUAGCCACCAUCGCCGUUCGCCAAUUACACCAUGGCUGAUACCGAAAAGGCGCCGCAGCCGCAGCCCCAACAGCAGCAGCAACAAGAGCAACAAUCCCCACAGCAACCGCAACAAGCUAAAGCGGCUAAACAAAAGCAGGUCAUUGCUGAGAAAGUUUCGGGAACCGUCAAAUGGUUUAAUGUGAAGAGUGGAUAUGGUUUCAUCAACAGGAAUGACACCAAGGAGGAUGUAUUUGUACAUCAAACUGCAAUCGCCCGGAACAACCCUCGCAAGGCUGUGCGCUCGGUCGGCGACGGGGAGGCGGUGGAGUUUGCCGUGGUUGCCGGGGAGAAAGGCUUUGAAGCAGCCGGAGUGACUGGUCCCGGCGGUGAGCCAGUUAAGGGCUCGCCCUAUGCAGCUGACAAACGCCGCGGCUUCCAUCGCCAAUAUUACCCCCGUCAAGGUGGCGGACGUGGCGGGGAAGGCGCUCCACGUAGAGGUGGAAUGGGACGUCGUGGGCCCCCGCCCACCCAGGGGGGUGCACAGGGGGAUGAAGGUCAGGAAGGAGCCGGAGCCCCACCACAGCGCAGGUAUAUGUCACUCUUCUACUUCCGCCGCAAUUUCCGUGGUGGACGCCGUGGUGGUGGUCCGGGGCCUAUGAAUCGCGGUGGUUACCGUCGCGUGCGCCAGCGCAACUACCAACAGGGUCAGGGACAACCCCAAACUGGCCAGCCCAACCAGGCGCCGCGUCAAAACGGUCAGGAGGUAGAAGCACCACCUACCAGUGCUUCACCACCGCAACAACAACAGGCAAAGCCAAAGCCCAAUAACACCAAGCCUGCUGGGACCACCAUUGAGACCACUACCAAUGAGAGCCAGGCCUAACACCCGGUGGCUGCACGUUGUGGCACAUCUAAAGUAGUGCAUGUUAAUUCUAGUUGUGCCACAUAUCCAACGUAACUGUCUUGUCUGUACAACUGAAGAGUGUUUCGUUUUAUUGUUGUUGCAGAAGCUAAUAAUACAUCUAUGAGAAUCUGCACAUAUGAUCAUCUUGAUUGGAAUGUAAUUGUUAGGGGAAGAUUGGAAAUGGAACUGCUUACUAUCACAGAUUAAAAAUGUGAUAUUUAAUUAAUUAUCAAUUAUGUAUUGUUAAUGAAGUGUUUUAUCGUUGUACCUACAACACAAUGUAUUGUAUUUUUUGAUUUUUAAACCAAUAACUUUACAAGUUUUGGAUAUCCAAUUUAACUGUGCAAUUUUAAUUAUUAGAAUGAAUUGUCAUGCAGGUUCCAUUGCCCCAAUGAAUUGUGUAGGUACUUGUAAAAGAUGAUUAUUUUAUUAUAAAUUUAUAUGGAUGCAUGUUUUAACUUAAAAGUCUUUUAUUUGUAAUAAAUCAUUAGUUCUGUAAAACACCAGAAUUAAAAACUUCUUUUUACCUGUGUGAAAAUUA